AUGUUGAUGGUGAUCCGGGUGAUGCGAUCAACGCAGCUGCUGCCACAUUUAGGAAUGCAAAUUAAUAUCGGAUCUUAUUAAGACAAUGCGUGACAGCGGAAUAUCAAAUUUAAGAGGCAGUUUAUAAUUUUUACCAAGGUAAUAUGGUUCCCAUAACGGAAAUUUCCUGUUGACCUGUAUCGCUCAUUUCGGAUUCUCGGCCAGCCGCCAGUCAUCUGGGCCUCCUGGCACUUGUCUUCUGUUGUGUUCGAACGUGUGCACGCAAUAUGGAAUGGAGGCAAAACUAAGACCGCGGAUUCACCCAAGGAGGUUAGAACUACAUUCACCUGAUUCAUCUGCAGGGGGAAACAAGAAAAAGGGUAGCAACAUGAAGUUUUCAUUCACGUUAGCGUUGAGUGGAGUUUUUCUCGCCUACAUUUUGCACUCUAUGUGGACCCUCUACACUUUAUAUUAUCCAAAACGCUGCGGGAAAAAUGAAGCCUGUAUUCGACCAACCUGGACUGCGGAAUCAAGAUUCCAGUUCUUCUUUUGCACUUCUUCUUCAACUAAAAUCAGAAGUGUGAACGAUCUCACUGUGAUAUGGUCCGAAAAUGAGUUUGACAUCUUCAAAACCAGUGAAAGGCAGCUGAAUGUCACAUUGCCACAAAAGACUCUAAGGAAUGGCACGCUGCACGCUUAUGUGCUGCUUUUGGAGCGCAAGGAGCAUGAGCCAGUCCGAACAGUAGAACAACUGUUGGGACACUCGAGCACCAGUCUGGGUGCAGGCAGCCUCACUCGACACCUCGUGCCUCAAGAUGAAGAAAUCAGUCUCAUUGGCUCUGCAACGGCCAAGCCAGAGGUCAAGCAAAAGCCAGCUAGAGCAAAGGUCCCACAGACUCACUGGAACCCAAAGGUGGAAGUCAGCAUAAUGAGUGAUCCUUUCCCUCUCAAGACCAACCAAGUGCCUGCAGAAAUUAGUCAUCUCCUACAAAUCAACUCAAAGCGUCAGUAUGUGCCCAUCAUUCACAUGACGGAUGUUACAACGAGAGAGAAAGAUUUUGUGCCUGUCAACAAAACUGUGCCUCAACUGCCACUUAAGAUUGUGAUUAAUCCAAUAACAAUAGGCCGGCUCCGCCUAAUGGUCACUGUCAAUGAGGCUCUGAAGUCUAUGCAUUCAUUCGGCCUGACGACCAAAGAUACAGAUGAAGUGAAGGGAAUCUUCUUCGACACCAAUUUUUAUGUCUUGCUCAUGACAUUGUUGGUGUCUGGGUUUCAUCUGCUCUUUGACUUCCUGGCAUUCAAAAAUGAUGUAAACUUCUGGCGAAGCAAGAAAACCUUCGAAGGCUUAUCUUUAAGGGGUGUGCUUUGGCGUGGACUCAGUCAAGUGAUUGUGUUUUUUUACUUGCUUGACGAAGACACCAGUCGCAUUGUCCUGUUCACAAGUGCCGUGGGAGCGGUAAUUGAGCUCUGGAAAGUCACAAAGGCACUCAAGAUGAAUGUAUGUUUCAUUGGAUGGAGAUUACGCGUACAGUUUGGCACCACAAGUGAUGAGGAGAAGAAGACCAAUGAGCUGGACUCGGAGGGCAUGAAGUACCUCUUAUACAUUCUCUACCCACUCUGUGUUGGUGGGGCUAUAUACAGUUUACUGUACCAAUCAUACAGAAGCUGGUAUUCAUGGUGCAUUCAUAGCUUGGCAAAUGGUGUAUAUGCAUUUGGAUUUCUAUUCAUGCUGCCUCAGCUGUUCCUCAACUACCGUCUCAAGUCGGUAGCACAUUUGCCAUGGAGAGUUUUCAUGUACAAGGCUUUCAACACAUUUAUUGAUGACCUGUUUGCCUUCAUCAUUACAAUGCCAACAGCACACAGGGUUGCUUGCUUCAGAGAUGAUGCUGUCUUUCUAGUCUACCUAUACCAGAGAUGGCUGUAUCCAGUGGACAAGACACGAGUGAAUGAAUUUGGCGAGAGCUUUGAGAAGUCGUCCAAGAAACCAAAGAAAGAGUGAAAAAAAAAAAACGCACAUUCAAAAACUUCAUAUAACAAGUGGUGCAUGGGGAAACGUGUGAUUACUGUUUUGGUAAAGGCAACACAGGAGUGGAUAACCGGCAUUGUGUCAUGAAAUCACCCACCUUCCACACCUACAACAUUCCAACCAAUAAAGCACAGUAUUGCAAAGUUACAUUGACA